AUGGAGGAGCUGUGGCCGCUCACACCGCCCCGGGAGGCCGCGGAGGGACGGCCCGAGGGGAGCGGCCCGGGGCGGGUUAAGCAGGCCGGGCGGAGGGCAGAGCAGGCCGAACCGCGCCCCACGGCCCGGCGCGGCUUCCCGUGGGAUCCUCGAAGUCUGCUGGAAGUGGUGGCCGUGCUGACCGCGCUGGCGGCCAUCGGGGGGCUCCUUGUUGUCUUCUACAUUGAAGUAGUCGUGGGACGAAAAAUGUGUCCUAAGGAGGUGGAGAACUAUGUGGCAUCCAUAGUGCUGAGUGCACUUGGUGACACGCUGGGAUUUUACAAUGGGAGAUGGGAGUUCCAGAACAGUGGCCUGGUCAUCCACAAGGAGUUGGCAGAGAUGGGGGGACUGGGCAACAUCAGCAUCCAAGGUUGGAGAGUCAGCGAUGACACCGUGAUGCACUUGGCCACGGCCGAAGCCCUGGUAGCUGCCGGGAAAAACCCAAGCUUACCACAUCUCUACUCUCUGCUGGCAAGGAACUACAAGGAGUGCAUGAAUGACAUGGAGGGCAGAGCUCCAGGUUCUAUGAGUCUGGAAAGCACCGCGAAGCUGGAUCCGGGGCGGCCGGGCGGCUGGCAGAUCCCGUUCAGCCCACGGGCAGGAGGCUGCGGGGCCGCCAUGCGCGCCAUGUGCAUCGGGCUGCGCUUCUACCGCCCCGCCCAGCUGGAGACCCUGGUGGAGGUCAGCAUCGAGAGCGGCCGCAUGACCCACCACCACCCCACCGGCUACCUGGGCGCCCUGGCCUCAGCCCUCUUCACGGCUUACGCAGUGAACAGCGUGCCCCCCGUGGCCUGGGGGAAGGGGCUGAUGGAGGUGCUGCCACAGGCAAAAGCCUACGUGCAGAAGUCCGACUUCUUCGUGAAGGAGAACAUGGAGCAGUGGUAUUACUUUGAAGAGCAGUGGAAGAAAUACCUGGCGGAGAGAGGCAUCUCGGACGGCGUCUCGUCGCCCAAGUUCCCAGCCGAGUAUGGCGUGGAAGAGAGAGACUCGUUCUACACCUCGCUCAGCUACAGCGGCUGGGGGGGCAGCAGCGGGCACGACGCACCCAUGAUCGCCUACGACGCCCUGCUGGGCGCGGGCGACUCCUGGACGGAGCUGGCUCACCGCGCCUUCUUCCACGGGGGCGACAGCGACUCCACGGCUGCCAUCGCCGCCAGCUGGUGGGGCGUCAUGUACGGCUUCAAGGGGGUUCCCCCCCACCUCUACGCCCACCUGGAGUACAAGGACCGCCUGGAGAAGGUAGCCAAGGGCUUGUACAGCGUCCUUUAGGCAGGAGAUGGCAGGGCACCCCGCAGGCACGCUUACCCAGCAGCCAUCCCGUGCUCUCUCGCUUGGUUUGUAAGCCCGCACGGAUUAAAUCUCAUGAAUGUAAGCCAGAGCCAGACCUGCCUUUUCUCUGGGAGUUGGCUUCACUGGGGAGGCCACGUCGGCACUGGUUUGGGGCUGGUGGUUUGAUGGGAGCACACAAAGAUCCCCCGAGACGUCCCUCCUGUGCUGCAGGGUGGCUGCACAUUGUCUGGUCCUCAAGAGGAGCAGGAGCACCCACUGCAGCCCUGCUGGUCAUGCUGCAGCAGCAGGACAGGCAGCAAACCCCACUCAGGCUGCCCCAAACCAGCAUCCCACCCCUACGAGGGGAGCAGGGGCCACUAGAAACCCAUUGUGUUUGGGGACAACAGAGCUUUCUUAUAAAAUCAUUUUAGCAGAGGAUAUUUUUUGUUUCAAAUGAAUGUGGAAAACCCCCCCACAGCCAACCUUUAAGCUGUGUGAUCAGCCCAUUUUGCCCAGUUCCACACCACUUCUGCAAUACAGGUAGGAAUGCAUCAUGCUACUUCCCUAUUUCAAGUGAAUAUGGGAAUUCAAGACUCCUGACCAAAUCCUUACUUAAAGCAAAAGCAGGUAAUGAGAAUUAACAAGUUGCAUUUUACAUCAGCUUCUGCAGUGCACUAUAUUCUCCUCUCAUCAAGGUUACUAAAGGUAAUUUGCUUAACAUUUGCUAUGCAUAAUUCUAUUAAAAUAAAGGUUUUUUCUUCAAAUCCAGACUAUGACACAGCAAAGUACUUUUACUGUUUUCAGAACAAUUUCUAAACCAGUGUAUCCCAUUCAAUAAAAAGACCUGACAG